AAACACCAUGCAGCAACUGUAACUCUGUGAUGCGGUCUCCCCUGAAAGAAAAGAUCUACAACGCCAUCAGCCGGGCUAUCCAGGACAGCAAACCAUUCAGUGACAGCAGCAACAAGGCAGACGGAGCCCUCAUUGUUGGCGGCCGCAGGAGAAACAGGAAAAAGAGAAACAAGAAAAAUGGCCAGAAAAAGAAGAAAACUGGAAGUCUAGAGAGUAUCAAGUCUCGUUUGUCUCCCAAAGGUUGCAGAAAAGGAGACUCACAGGAUAGAUCGCCACUGAUUGCGGAGACGGAAGAUAACAGACCGGAGCAGAAAGACGUCGAAGAGCAAGAGCAAGAGUCUGCUGACCAGCAGCGAGGCCAGGCUGAACUUGAGGUCAGGGACACUGCUGGAGGUGAAGGUCAGGGCUGGCAAGAUGAGGAACAUGGACUCAUUGAGGCAGACAGAAUACAGCAGAACACUGCUGCUGUUGUCAGCGAGACUGAAGAUCUGGUUCAGCUGGAGCUUACAACCUCUAGUUCCUUCCUUCGACAUGACCUAGAUUCACAGUCAUCGCCAGAAACUCCCUGGCUCUACAGUGUCUCCAAGGUGAUUCAAGUGACCCACCUGGAGCCCCCAGUGCAACUUGAUGAUGUUGAUCUGAAAGGGGAGGAAGAACUGACUAUGGUCAAACACACUGCUGAUCCAAACGGUUCGCAGGUUUCUCUCCAGCCCAUGCAGGUGGAGGGCACAUGUGCAACAAAGUCUGAAGCUUCUCCUCUCAUUGACAAGGACGAGGGCAAAGAUGACAAGAAUUCGCUCAAGGGCAGAGACAGCAAAUUCAAAGAUCAGCAACCUGGUCUGCCAUGCUGCACUAUCUUGUAG